GCGUUUUUUCUUUUUACCUACACCUAACUGCAAAAAGUGCAUGAGGUUAACUUUAUACAAUUUCGUAUAAUCUUGUAUGAAUAAGGAACCCUAAAACAAACUUAUCGGAUUACUAACGUUUCCAUUUUCUAUAUCGAAAGUGUUUCUUCACACAUCAAUAAACUUAAAAUACAGUUAGCAAUAAAACUAUUAUAGUUAUUAUUUACCGACCAAUAUGGAGCGCGGAUGCUUCAAAAUAUUAGUUUUAUUUUAUUAUAUUAAUUUUGUAUUGUGUGAUAUCGAUGAGGAAUUCCAGAGAAUAGAACCUCCGCUCAGUCCUCCGAGCUUCGUGGCCUGGCCGAAUGGUUCCGUACCGUUCUUCAUCAAUAACGAGCAUUUUGACAACGAGCAAAUGCUGAUUAUAAUGACGUCCCUCUCCCUCAUCGCGUUCAAGACCUGUCUGAAGUUCGCGCCGGUGAUGGUGCCUCCAGCCGACCACGAGCACGUGCUCACGUUCGAGAACCCGCGCGGCACGAGGAAGUGCGAGAUACACCUGCACGGACACUCGAAUGAUGAGCCGCAUAUCGUAACUCUUGGCUACGAUUGCUUGCAAGCACCGUGGAUGGAUCGCAUCGUGUUGAGAGCCCUAGGGCUCCCCUUCGAGCACAACCGACAGUCCCGAGACAGCUUCAUUGACGUGCAGUAUGAAAAUAUAGAACAACACGCGAUCCCGCUUUUCACCAAAGAUAUUCCAUUGCCCGCGGCGCUCCGCGCGUUACCCUAUGACGUCAACAGCGUCAUGCACUUCGGGGACCGGGACUUUAGCAAGAAUGGACACCGAACCAUUAUAUUUAAGGAUCGUGACACGAAGCAAAAAUGGAACGGGCCGAGCGAGCUGGACCUACGCAAAAUAGAGAUCAUAUACGGCGCAGAGUGCAGAGAGAGAGAUCGUCAAGAGAAGAUAGAACUCUGCCACAUGUACCCUGGCGUUCCUCUAGUAGACAGGAAGAAAAGAUCUGUAGACUUAGAAACCACCAGAAGCUUAAGAGUCAAUCCUGAUAUAACUCCUCCGCCGGAAACAAUACCUAAAGAAUUACAAGACACUUUGACAAACUUGGACAUUGAAGCUGAUGUACAAAAGAUAGUCGAAGAAGUGUUUACGCUGUCAAACAAAGCGUUAAUUAACACUAGAGGGAAAUACUGCAAUGUGUCUAAAGAAGUCCUAAGAUCGAACGGGGAGCCUGUAGAUAUUCAUGGAAUCAUACAGAUUGUAGCAGAUUACGCGCAAAACAUGGUAGACCACGCUAUUAGCAAUUUAACAUCUUUCUGCGCUGAGUCAGAUUCUAUUGAAAAAUAUCAAAGACAGGUAUGCAGAGGUUGUGAAAAGCCUUACUAUUCCACUAAAGUCUUCAAACCAUAUCCAAGCACAAAGCAUCGUCCGUAUAUCGUACAAUCUACUAAGCAUGUAGGUGGUUUUAAGAAGCGAAUUUAUGACCAGCCCCAGUAUCACUUGAGAGCACAAGAAGAUGUCACUGAAAAGUCUCAAAAUGAUUCUAAAGUCGAGCCUCAUGAUAGAAAGAAAAGGCAAGCCUUGAACACAGCUUUAAGACAGCAAGUAGCUGAUACAAAUGCCGUAGAGGUUAUGAGGAAGCGGUUCAAGCGGCAAGUCACUGAACCAAACAGGAAGGGUAUGAGGAUGCGAAGACAGAAGAGUAAGUCAAACGCAAAUCUCCGAAGUUCCUAUGAGGAGACCGAACAGGAUGAAUCGCAGAGCAGCGAGGAAUGGGGUAAGAAAAAGAGGAAACGGCCAGUGGUUGAAGCGUCUGAAGUAAACCGGGACGAUUCCGAAAGCAAGAAGUCUCGCAAGCCAAAGAUUAAUGAAAAGAAGCGUACGAAACACCGAAAACAACCGGUGAAGAAACAAUCUGAAGAGACAUUUGAAGUAUAUUCCGAUGAGGACGAGGAAAGUGAAGAAAACAGUGAUGAAAGAAACGAUGUAAGGAUAAACAAACCUUUAAAAAUGGAGUCAAAAGAAGAACCACGUGACGAAGCAUCUGUGGAGGUGGAGUCUAUCGUAAAUAACCCGAAAACCAUUAAAAGGAGCCCAAAGACCGUGACGCUGUCGAAGGAAAAUGAGGAGUUUUACAAACAACGCAAGUGGCCGCACGGCGUCGUCAAAUAUCUAAUAAACAAAACUAAUACUAGGUUCGAUCUCAAAGACCUGCGCCGGCGCCUAGGCGUGGUAAACGCCAUCUUGUCACUAGAGACUUGCGUUCAAAUCGAGGAGAUAAACGAGGGCGACACGAGCAAGCAUGAAGAUUAUCUGGUGUUGGACAACAGCCCUGACUUCAUCACGGGCCGGGUCGGCGGGAGGCAGAUAUUUGGCACCCCCGAACUGCUGGUCGGCGGACAGCACCGCCAGCACACCGCUAUGAUGGUGAUGGCCAUGCUGGGCUUCUACUUCGAGCUGUCGCGCCACGACCGCGACGAGUACGUGAAGGUUCACCAUCGGCAUAUUAGAGCUGAUAAACUGCACCACUUCGAGAAGAUAGGCGCGGACGCGACGCUGCCGCUGCCCUAUGACUACGAAAGCGCCACACACCCGCCUUGGAUGUACUGGAGGAAACUCGGCAAGAAGGGAAUCUCUACCGUCGCUACUUAUAAAGAUAAGGAUCCAGACGGCAGCAUCAUGAGGUCAUUAGGACAACACAAAAAACUGUUAUCGGAGUCCGACAUCAUCAAAAUAAAUAGUGUGUAUGGCGUUAAAUGUAUAAUAGAAGACGCAAACGUUAAUGAACCUAAGAGCGAUUGGGACUAACCCUGCAAUAUAUGAAAAAUCAACUAGAUAUUUUUAAGAUACUUUUUAGGCGACAUAUUGAAAACAAUGGGUUCUUUAUAUGCGGUGUUUUGUUAAUUGUAACUGAAGAUAAAAUAACAACAUAAACAAAUUGUU